UAUGAAUCCAGUUUGAGUCGUGAUUCAUGAUCUGACCUGUUUUUGCUGAAGGACAACUUCAUCAUUCAACCUUUUCAUCAUUCAUCAUUCAUCAUUCAAUCUCAUUAUUAUCAUCAUUAGUUUAAAAAUUUAAGACUACAUUCCUAAAACUAAUCAGUCAUCAAACUUCAACUGUUGGAAUCACUUUCAACCCACUUUAAAUCAACCUUUAAGACAGUAGUUGAUCAAGCCUCAACGAUCGAUCCAUUCAGCAAGCUCAACUCCCCACCGAGCUUGUCAAAAAACUUUCAACUUCACAACUUUUCACGACUCUAACAGUACCAUGGGUUUAUCCGUCUCCAAGUUGUUUACCGGCCUUUUUGGUCGGAGAGAAAUGCGAAUUCUGAUGGUCGGUCUCGAUGCUGCUGGUAAAACUACGAUUCUUUACAAACUUAAAUUGGGCGAGAUCGUGACGACGAUCCCAACGAUCGGUUUCAACGUGGAGACAGUGGAAUACAAAAACAUCUCCUUCACAGUUUGGGAUGUCGGAGGACAAGACAAGAUCCGACCCUUAUGGAGACAUUACUUCCAAAACACGCAGGGUAUCAUUUUCGUAGUGGAUUCGAACGAUCGUGAGCGAGUAUCGGAAGCUCGUGAGGAGUUACAGCGCAUGUUGAACGAGGACGAGCUUAGAGACGCUUUACUACUUGUCUUUGCCAACAAACAAGAUUUGCCAAAUGCGAUGAACGCUGCGGAGAUCACAGACAAAUUGGGCUUGCACAGUUUACGUCAAAGGACCUGGUACAUUCAGGCUACUUGUGCUACCUCUGGUGACGGGUUGUACGAAGGUUUGGAAUGGUUGUCUACCAAUCUCAAGCGAAAAUCUUGAUUCAAUCCUCACCGUCUGUCACUCACUUCUGGAUUUGGGAAUUCAAAGGCUGUUGUAGCAAAGUUGUGAGAAGUGAGAAAAAGGAGAGCAAAGGUUGGAAUGAGUGUUGAAUGCGAGAAGUAUGAGAGAGAGAGAAUAUGAUCUUUUUUGUUUAAAUUUACUCAUUUCGAGCCAACCAAGCAACAAUAGAUUUCUUAUGGGAAUAAGUAGAAAGGAAGAUGAGUUGUAGAGAGUCGUAUUGACGAGUUAAACUUCCCUUGAGACACCUAAAAAAAGAUUACGUCAUGUCCUUGUUACCUUACCAGAACGCACUACUGCAACUCUUAAAACUCUUGCAAUCUUCUUUUCAUAAACCCUUCCCUGCUCUCUCUCUCUGUCCUUCUCACUCCUCUCUCCCUUUGACCUGUUGUCUUUUUGUUUUGUUUUGUUUUUUUGUUUCCUAUUUCUGAUGAUGGCUGUUAAGUAGACAUGUUCUUCUGAAUUGCCUAACUCUUUCCUCUGAUCAUUUUAAAACUUCAUUGUCUUCUUUAGCCUGAAUGAAAGUUCCAAAGUUCCAUAGAAAG